AUGAAGUUCUUUGCAGUGCUGGCCUUUGCUUCUGCUAGCUCGGCGGCUGCUGUGGUAGCCGGCCGCAGCAAGCUGGGCGCCUUGACGAAGGAUGAUGCGCCAGCCAGCCCCUGGUUGUCCCUGUUGACCAAAAGCUGGGCACUUCCCGGAGAGCCGCAGGAGGAGCAGAGCAAGGGUCUGGAUGUUCUGGCAAGCAGCAUUGUCCAGCUGGCGAAGAGUCAAAAAGCUGGACAGCCUGCCGACUCCAGCAUGGAGGCUGCCAUUGACAGCAUCAAGGCGAUCUUGAAAGACAUGCAGGACUCAGUCCUCACGGGAAACACGGCCGCCCAGAAGGAGAUCUUCAAGAAGCAAGCCUCUGUCGCCGCCUGCCCCCCACCGAAUGUCACGCAGAAGAUCACCUGGGAGGCGAGCCUCAAGGUGACGGUGAAAGAUGUGGUCACCUGCAGGGAGGAAGAGAAGACCUACUACGAUUCUUACGAGUCCUGCAAGUCUGAGGAGGAGCGCUGCUCCAACACCACGGAAUGCUGCGCCCAGAUCAUCCAGCCCAACCCAUACUGCCUGAGCCCCCCUGUGGGCCCAUCGCCGCUUUCUUUGCAGACGACUUGUGAUAGCACGUCGAAGUGCCGUGAGCGCGACCUCCGCAACCGACUUGGUUUUUUUGAGGCGAAGCUCAAGGAGUACAACGACGCCUACGCGCUGUGCGAGGGCUCUCGUACAGGAUGCAACGAAAGCUACGCCUGCCCGGACAAGCGGACCAAGUGGCAGGAGAAGCACAUGGUGUGCAACACGAACCAGACAGCCUUUGAGGAGGCUUACUGCAAGCUGGCGACGGAUGUCGAGGCGAGCUGGGAGACCUACUCCAUCUGCUACACGCACAACAAGCAGGCGCUGGUCUCCGAGGAGGACAAGCAGGAUGUCCUGCUUGCAGGCCGCCGGCAGGAGUGGCGCGGGCUCGCGAGGAUCGAGUGCCUCUUGGGUGCGCUCAAGGCGGCCGACAAGGAGUCUGCGCUGGACGCCUGCCUCAAGGCGAACCACACGGACGCGGCCAACGCCACGUUGACCCUUUCGUUCCCAACGCGUGAAGCCAACGUCACGACCCUUCAGACCUGCGACGAGAAGCUGGAGUCUCCUGGCACGGAGUACUUCAUGAAGACCUACUACCAUCUCAUCCCGCCCGUGCUCGUCCCCACGUCCCUGACCACGUACCACUGCGUGUCGGGCGUGGCGACCAGCCACUGCCCGAUCGCUUCAAGGGUGAAAGGACAGCCUUCAGAAUCGUCCCGGUUCGUGCCGUUAACCAUCACCCCACGCUUUCAGAUCCACGGUCAGGAUGCUGCUGGCAUGCUCACAGCUGAAGCCAGCAAAGGCCGAACGCACCUGCACAAGGGGAAUGGCCUUGUCAAGGACGUCUUCUUCGAGGGGCACAUGAUGCAACUCCAGGGCCACUUGGGAGUGGCGCACUGCCGGUAUCCCACGGCCGGGACCAAGAGCUGCAAAGAGGCUCAGCCCUUCUACGGCAACUAUCCCUUUGGCUUGGCUUGCGCUCACAAUGGUAACCUAACCAACGUUGCUGAUCUUCGGCAGCACGUUCGCAAGAGCCGAUGGCAUGCCAAUACGGAGUCAGAUACCGAGCUCCUGCUGCACACCUUUGCGAACGCCUUGGCGGCUGCGGUGCCGCCGGACGCGUUGCAACCCUCCGUGGAGCAGAUCUUCCAAGCGGCAGCAGAGGUCAUGAAGAUUGCCAAGGGCGGCUACAGUGUUGUCAUGCUCAUUACAGGGGCCGGCAUCUUGGCUUUUCGGGAUGUCUACGGCAUCCGGCCGCUGGUGAUCGGUCGGCGGACAGAGGGGCCCAACGCAGACUACAUAGCAGCUUCAGAGUCGGUGGUGAUGGAUACCCUUGGCUUCGACGUGCUGCGCGACGUGGAUCCGGGCGAGGCCUUCUUCUUCGACAGCCGCAGCAACUGCAUGUCAACAAAGCAGUGCUUCUACCAGAACACAGUCCCCAGACUGGUGCCCUGCAUCUUCGAGUACGUGUACUUCGCACGGCCCGACUCGACCAUGGACGGGGUGUCGGUGUACGAGUCAAGGGUCCGGAUGGGCCAAAGCCUGGCUCGGCGGGUGCAGCAGGUGGCUGACUGGCAGGAGAUUGAUGUGGUCAUCCCCAUCCCCGACACCUCCCGCACUACGGCCAUCGAGACAGCCUACAUCCUGCAGAGGCCCUGCCGGGAGGCCUUCCAGAAGAACAGGUACAUCGCCCGGACCUUCAUCAUGCCUGGGCAGCAGAAGAGGAGGAAAACGAUGAGGCUGAAGCUCAACACCAUCCGAAGCGAGUUCAAGGGGAAGAAGGUGCUUUUGGUGGAUGACUCCAUCGUCCGUGGCACCACCUGCAACGAGAUCAUUCAGAUGGCCCGGGAGGCUGGCGCCAGCAAGGUCUUCUUCGCAUCGGCGGCGCCCGCCGUGCGCUUCCCCAAUGUUUAUGGUAUCGACCUCCCUAGGAAGGAAGACCUGAUUGCCAACGGCCGGGACGAGGUUGCGGUCGCCAAGCUGAUCGGCGCCGACUGGGUGGUCUAUCAAGAUCUGGCGGACCUGGUCGAGUGCGUGCGUGGCCUGAACCCCGAGCGCCUUUGCUUCGGCUUCGACGCCUCGGUCUUCGAUGGCCGCUACAUCACUGGAGAUGUCGAUCAGAAGUUCUUCGAGCUGCAAUCGCGUCGUGAGCAGCUGCAAGAGACCCCGAGCCUCUCCGUUCCAAUCGGCGUCUCCCAGUCGGUUUCGGAGCUGGAUGAGCAAGUGCUCGAUCACCUGUCUGGUCAGGGUGCCCUUGCGACGGUCUUUCAAAGUUAG